AUGCCCAGAGGCGCGGACUGGAUCCAGGGCCACGUCGCUGAGUUCGACCCCCACGACAACAGCGUCACACUGACAGACAGCCGCAAGCUGGAGUAUGAAUACCUUGUGGUGGCGACUGGCUUGCAAAUCAAGUGGGACAACGUCAAGGGGCUGAGCGCCGCGCUGGGCGAUGGCCGCGUGGUGUCAAACAUGAGCUACGCCACGGCCCCGCUGACUUUCCAGGCACUGCAGGAGCUCAGGAGCGGACACGCCCUCUUCACCAUGCCCAAGGGCGUCGUCAAGUGCCCUGGCGCCGGCCACAAGGUCUGCUACAUAGCAGAGGACUACCUUCGGCGCGAGGGGCGGCGUGGUCAUGUCAGCGUGACGUUGGCCAUGGCGGCCGACCGCAUGUUUGGCAUCCCGCGGUACUCGCAGACAAUCGAGGGGCUGGUCAAGGAGCGCGACAUCAACGUGAAGCUUACCACCAACCUUGUGGAGAUCCGUGGCGACAAGCAGGAGGCCGUUUUUGAGCAGCUGGACCAGUCUGGCCAGGUGGUGGGCCAUCAGGCAAUGCAGUACGACUUUCUGCAUGUGACACCGCCUCAGGGCCCCCUGGACGUGGUGGCCCACAGCCCUAUUGCUAACAAGGAGGGGUGGGUAGAAACAGACCCUGAGACACUGCAGCACACGCGCUACGCCAACGUAUUCGGCAUCGGUGACUGCGCCGCCGUGCCCACCAGCAAGACCGCCGCCGCCGCCGGUGCCCAGUUCCUCGUACUGCGCGACAACCUCGACGCGCUCAUGGCCGGGCGCGCCUCGGACGAUGCCCGCUACGACGGCUACAGCUCGUGUCCGCUGGUUACCAAGAAGGGUGCUUGCAUGAUGAUGGAGUUUGGCUACGAUGGGAAGAUCAUGGAGACCUUCACCCCCCUGGGCAUCGUGGACCAGCAGAAGGAGGAGCCCUUGAUGUGGUUUGUAAAGAAGGACGUGCUGCCCUGGGCCUACUGGAACUUCAUGAGUAAGGGAUACGUGCCGUGGUCAGAGUGCAAGAACAUCAUCAAGCGGAUGACUGCGGUAACAGACGCCCCGGCGGCGGUCAAGUCCACGCGCUGA